UGUCUCCGCUCCCCGCGGUGCCUUUAAGCUGCGGUGUGUGAUGUCACAGCGCUUGGAAGCCGCGGGCCGGAGCGCACGGAGCCGCGGGGAGCCCCUGCCCGCCGGGGCCGCAGCCCAGCCCCGCAGGACGGGCUCGGUGCCCACCAUGGGAAGCGUUCAGGUGCAGGACUUCGUGGCGGGCUUGGUGGGCGGAAUUGCCAGUGUGGUUGCAGGCCAUCCCCUGGACACGGUCAAGACUCGUUUGCAAGCUGGACAAGGAUAUGGAAAUACAUUCAAGUGUGUUCUCACUGUGUACAGAAAUGAGUCUCUGACCGGCUUCUUCAAGGGCAUGUCGUUCCCACUGGCCAGCAUCGGCAUCUACAGCUCCGUGGUGUUCGGUGUCUUCAGCAACACGCAGCGGUUCCUCAGCCAGCUCCGCCACGGGGACGCGGCCGCCGCGCCGUCGCUCACCGACAUGACUGCGGCCAGCAUCGUGGCAGGGGUCAUCUCUGUGGGCAUUGGCACUCCCGUGGAGCUGGUCAAGAUAAGGCUACAGAUGCAAACACAGCCGUACAACAAAGCAAAUGUUAAACUAAAUUCCACAGCUCCUGGAUCUCCUGUGUACCGAGGCCCAAUUCACUGCUUAAGGACAAUCAUACAGAAAGAGGGGAUAGCAGGAAUAUACCGAGGCAACGUAGCAAUGCUCCUGCGGGAUGUUCCUGGGUACUGCGCCUAUUUCAUCCCGUACGCGAUGUUCUGUGACUGGAUAACUCCUGAUGGAAGCAUUUCUCCUAAUCCCUUCUCUAUCUGGGUGGCAGGGGGUGUAGCAGGAGCUGUUUCCUGGGCAGUAUGUACGCCAAUGGAUGUUGUGAAAAGUCGACUUCAGGCAGAUGGAGUUUACUUAAACCAGUACAAAGGGACCCUUGACUGCAUGUUGCAGAGCUACCAGAACGAGGGCUUAAAAUGUUGCCAAGAAGACCAGAAAGUCGCCUACUUUCCUGAGCCAGAUCAGCAGUGUGGUGUUGGUGAGGGCUCAGCUGCUCUGACCAAGGACUCCCAUCCUGCACCUACAGCAGCUGCCGUGGGCACAUGGUCCAUGGAGGACUCCGAAAAUCACACCAGCUCAAUCAGAUCCAAAGACUAUUUUAUUAUCAAAUCUUUCACUGUUGACUAAGAGCACCUUAGUAAUUCUGAUGGUGGUGGUGUGCUUCUUCACCAAUGACAUUUUUCCUGUUGAACCAGGGAGACAACUUGCUUCCUUUCCCUAGGGAUGUACCCAAACCCAGCUCACCUCAAAUCACCAAGGGAGGGUCUUUUGUACAACACGGUGCUAUAACACUCAGCUUCUUUGGUGAACAAGGAAAGGAGGAAAUGUGGUGGGUACACAGGUGCUUUUUCCGUAGGAAGGUCUGGAUUCCCACCAAAUCCCAGCUUGCUUUCAGGUUCAAAAUAGUGUGUGACUCUUCCCAUACAAAUAUUUGUGUUUUACAACAGUUUGGCACAAUUUAACACAUUAUCAUGAAAACUGUAAAGGCUUCAACAACUUCAGUCUGCUAUCCAAGGUAUAAAUUAAAUUGGAAAACAGGAGGAUGUUAAAUUCAGAGACUAAGCUGCUUUUUUUAUAUAGAAAACAAUAAAAUAAAUCUGCAUUUCAUACAGAAGGCUGCCUAUUAAUUUACACAGCUUGCCUGGUGCAGCCCUCCAGGGACCAGCUUGAAGUAUCUCAUCUGCCUUCUGAGCUCCCUGACAUGAUUUGCCAGCUGCCAAAACCUGCAGACAUCACUUUGUAGCGGUGAGCAGACCAUCACCAAAGGAAGUCUCUAGGACACAGUACACUUCAGACCUCCAGCUCUUUGCUAGAAUCCCACUGAGACCACUGGAACAGGCCCAGUCUCUCUUUGGUCUACCUCAGCCUCUCAAUUAUUCCAAGAUCUUUUACAUCAUGAUUAUUUCUCUUUAUGCUGUUUAAUAUCCUUAUGAUUUAUUUUCUAAGCAUGGAGUUUUUGAUGCCAAAGCCCAAGAAGGACCAGCUUUGCUGUGAUGAGAGGACUUUGGUGGCACUGGCAGGGGAGGCCAAGGGGGCUCCCAUGCAGAGGGACACAUGACACGGGGAAUAACCUGGGACAACGCUUCAUCUGGGAAAUGUUCUAGAGGAACAGCUCUUCCUCUGGAGAAGAGCUCUGGGGGAAAAGCCCAGUGAUUGCAGUUUCAGCAGAUCCCUUCAAAGAAAAGCUUUCUGAAGACCAUGUGGAGCAGCUGUUGUCCAGCCUUCCUCCAAAAAAUGAGAAGGAAACAGAAACUCCUACAUCCUCCUCCCUGGAUGAAUGGGAAUUGGUCACAACACUUGAAGAUCUCAGUAGAAAGUGCCUAAAACUUUGGGUGUGGAGCAGACUUGGAAAUGGGUUCAUGUUCUUUGGGCUCCUCAUCACUGGGGCCCAGAUGAAAAACAGAAGUGAGGGUGCUCCCAGAACUGGCCUUAAAAUGGAGAAGAAUCAGCUUGUAUUGCUUCAUCUCAGGACUUCACUGUGGUGCCUUUGACCUUCUUUAGGACACAUGGAACUGUUUUUGAUAAACAAUAUGGAAAAAAUUGAUGAACCUUCACACAAGUAUUUGUUGCUGGCUGCAUUUAAGGUUUCAUCAUUGCCACGUUGCCUAUUUUUUAUGCAUGUAUGUAAAACAUGUUUUUUAGAUGGAUACUAUCAUGCAUCUCCAGAGAUAAUACUUGGGCAGACUGUUUUUUUAAUAUAAAUAAACGGUGUGUUCAUCUGCCUGCAUAAUGUAAAAUGAAUUAAUUAAACUGAUGAGCUCACAACAAGCUGUGUAUCUGCAUGAUCCUGCCCUCAUGGUGCCCAAGUUUGAUCCAUUCAGUGCUCUCUGGGUAUGGAGCCCUAAGACCCACAAUGGAGUUGCAUGGUGAUAUUUCAUCAUAUUGUUCAUCCAAUUAAACCAAUUUUGAAAUUGGAGCCCAGGAUUUGCCUGGACAAAACUCUCGUGUAGCACACACCCACCAGAAGGAGCUGUCAGGGAGAGCCAUGGGCAACUUGGUGUGGAAACGGAGCAGAAGGCAGAUCGCGACUCAAAAUUAUAGAAAUAUAUAUGAUAUAAAUAUAUAUAACAUAAAUAUAAAAUCAUGAAAAUCAAGU